GUGAUGAUCAUCUUUGCAGAUCUUUCACUAUUCACGCAUCUUCAGAUCUACGCGAAACUUCGAACACAAUGAGUAACAAGGUUGUCGGGGUUCUGGGUGCGCGUGAGCUUAUAGCGUUGAAUUUUUCGAUAAAAGUGCUCAUCAUGUCUGCCAGGCUAUGUUUCUAGUCUCUCAUUGUUACCUCUGACUUGCUCCUUCCAGGCGGAGGUCAGCUUGGGCGAAUGCUGGCCGCCUCAGCAGCUCUGCUCAACAUCGAUGUAGUCAUCCUCGACAUUGGGGAAAAUAGCCCUGCGAAACAGAUCAUCUCUCCGCGAUCUUCCUCCCUCAGUCACAUCGAUGGAUCUUUCACAGACCCAGAAAAAAUCAAGACGCUGGCCAACAAGGUCGACGUUCUAACUGUCGAGAUCGAGCAUGUUAAUACGAGCGUACUUGAAGAGAUCCAAUCGGCGUCCGGAGCUGUCAUUCAUCCCAGUCCAUCUACGGUGAAGACUAUCCAAGACAAAUUUAUUCAGAAACAGCACCUCCAGAGUCACCAAUGUCCCGUGUCAGAGUUCCUUCAUGUUGACUCUGAUGUAACUUCAAUACGGCAGACCGCGGAAAAGCUUGGUCUGCCCUUUAUGCUCAAAAGUCGCACUUUGGCGUAUGACGGACGGGGUAAUUUUAUUGUCCGGGACCUUGCUCAAGCUGACGAGGCCAUAUCUGCCCUCGGGAAUCGCCCCUUAUACGCGGAAAAGUGGGUGCCGUUCGUGAAGGAAAUAGCUGUCAUGGUAGUGCGCUCGACGACAGGGGAAGUUCGUUCAUAUCCCGCAGUGGAGACUGUUCAUAAAGAUAACAUCUGUCACUUGGUUUUUGCUCCCCUGCGGAGUCGCGACCCACAUGUCGCGACCCGCGCACAAAGCGUAGCGGAAGCCGCAGUCAAGACCUUCCAAGGCGCUGGUGUAUUUGGAGUCGAAAUGUUCCUCAUGGAAGACGGCUCCAUCUAUAUUAACGAAAUUGCCCCUCGGCCCCAUAAUUCUGGACAUUAUACCAUAGAGGCUUGCGAAACCUCACAGUACGAGAAUCAUCUGCGCGCUAUUCUCUCGCUCCCACUUGGUUCCACAUCACUAAAGGUGCCAUCAGCUGCAAUGCUGAACAUCAUCGGCGCUUCAUCCGAUAUGGCAGAAGUCACGAAUCUCGCAUCUGAGUGCAAUAAAACAGACGGAUGUGCUGUCCAUCUUUAUGGCAAAUCCGAGUGUCGCAAAGGACGCAAAAUGGGACACGUCACCAUUGUGGGCAAUUCAGAUGCAGAGGUUCGCUCUCGCCUCUGGCCAUUGUUAAAGGCACUGCCAUCUGGGAGUACCGAAGAAGAACUCGCUCUAUACGCCCCAGAAACACCCGCACCAGGCAACGGCUUUUCCCACAAACACCCGCUCGUUGGUGUGAUCAUGGGCUCCGACUCCGACCUUCCCGUAAUGUUACCAGCUGCUCGCAUUCUGGAUCGGUUCGGGAUUCCAUACGAACUCACCAUCGUCUCUGCACAUCGCACACCAGAUCGUCUCGUCGAAUACGCAAGGUCAGCGAGUUCAAGGGGUUUGAGGACCAUCAUUGCUGGCGCAGGCGGUGCAGCACAUCUUCCAGGCAUGGUUGCUGCCAUGACCGCGCUGCCUGUCAUUGGAGUUCCUGUGAAAGGUAGCUCGCUCGAUGGAGUUGAUUCACUGUAUAGUAUCGUGCAAAUGCCGCGAGGUAUACCUGUAGCGACGGUUGCGAUCAAUGGUGGUAUGAAUGCUGGAUUGCUAGCUGUGCGAAUUCUCGGGGCUGGUAUGCCUCAUCUGUUUGCGGAAAUGGAUGCGUAUCUGAGAGGAUUAGAGGGUGAGGUUAUCGCAAAGGUUGAAAAGCUGGAAGAAGUUGGGUGGGAACAGUAUGAAGUCAAGAGAUAAUGCAGAUCGACACUCGGCGGAGAUAUUAUUGAUUCUGCAAUACGUAUGUAUACGUGCGCUGCUCUAUGUUUGCUACAAAAUGCAUCCUAAGCACUACAUAGCAUAAUUAUCAGGUUUAACCACAUAACUCAUU